AAUGAGAUGUAUUUAACACAUAUUGUGAUCUGCAUUAUCAAACAUACCUUGUGUUUAUUUAAAGGACAAGGAAAAUGGGCAAAUGCAAAUGUUAGGCAACCCCCCUAGUGAAUUAAAUCUGAAAUUCUCCGAUUCUUCACCACCAUUGAAUGGUAACCAAGACAACUGCUAAGUAAGGUAUGGGACCUGUUAUUGAGAAUGAUUGGGACCUGGGGUUUUCCAGAUAACAAAUCUUUAUUCUGAACUUGAUGACUCCCAAUCAACUUAAAACAUUUGCUCUUAGUGAAGUUUUCCAUCUCUGUAGUGCCAUGGCAAUGUCCUCAGCUCUCUAGUGCUUGCAUGUCACUCCAUGUUGCCUGCCCGCAUGACACUGCUGGUGGUCACAUGUCUCACCUAGUUCAGUUACCUGUUCAGUUGGUUCAGACCAACUGCCGUUUGGACAGUGAGGAGAGGAGACAUGGAGUGAGAGAGGCGAUAGAUAAAUGCGGAUAAUUUGCGAUAGAGCUUAAAUAAAAAUAGAAAAACCAGUAUAGGAGGAGAGAUCAACAUGGAGGUGAGGAAGAAGAGGAGUCUGAAUUUGGAGGAGGAAGGACAAGUCAAGAAAAGGCGAUGGAGUGAUGGAGAUGUAGGAGACAAGAAGAAAAGCCUGGUGAAAAAGAAAACCAGUGAAAAUGGGGGCAGUAAAAGGAGAAGGAGAGAAAGGGAGUUGGAAGAGAAGAAGAAAAGCCCCAAAGAAAGGAAGACCAGUGGAGAUAGGAGCAAUAACAGAAGGAGUGAUGGUGAUUUAGAAGACAAGAAGAAAAGCCUGGCAAAAAAGAAGACCAGUGAAGAUGGGGGCAGGAGAAGGAGUGAAGGACAGAUAGAAGAGAGGAAAAGCCCCAUACAAAGGAUGAAUUGUGGAGAUUGGAUCAAUAAUAGAAAGAGUCAAGGUGAGUUAGAAGACCAGAAGAAAAGUCUGGUGAAGAAGAAGACCAGUGAAGAUGGGGGCAGUAAAAGGAGAAGGAGUGAAGGACAGUUAGAAGAGAAGAAGAAAAGCCCCAUGGAAAGAAAGACCAGUGAAGAUGGGAGAAAUAAAAGGAGAAGGAGUGGAGAUGAGUUAGAAGAGAAGAAGAAACCCCCCAUGGAAAAGAAGACCCGUCAAGAUGGGAGCAAUAAAAACAAAAGGAGUGAAUUAAAAGACAAGGAGAAAAGCCCCAUAGAGAAGAGUGAAAAGUUAGAAAAAAAGAAAAGUCAGUUGGAAAAGACCAGUGAAGGUGUGAAUAAGGAUCAAAGAUCAAGAAGUCCAGAGGAUCCCUUAGAAGGUGGAAGCGCAGCGAAGAAACUCUGUGUGGAUAUCAGCAGACCUGUCCCCCUGGAUAUUAAGAACUACAGGUUUUAUUCAGAGCUGGGAAAAGGAGGCUUUGCCCGGGUAAGUGAAGGACUUCCCAUGAUUUCUCUUGGUAUAAAUUCUAGGGAAGCAGAAAACAUAGGAGAGAAUAAAGUAGUUUAGUAUUAUUACUCACUGUUUUGAAAAUACAGUUCUAAGAAUAUCAGUAUAAAGCGGUGAUAUAGAACGUCGACAUUUAUAUUGGGGAGGGAAUCACUGGUUCUAACUAAUUGGGGAGACUGAACCUCCAGAAAUCUUCAUUAUUCUCCACCUAUGGUGUAAAGUAAAAACAAAUAACUUUUUCAUUUUAGCCUCUCAGUGUUUAGCAUUUACCUUUACCAUACACCAUGUCAUUUUUAAUAUUUGCCCUUCAUUAUUAGGUGAUGUUGGCUUCGUUUACACCGAAGAAGCAACUGGUAGCAGUAAAGAUCAUGCAGAAAAAUCCAGACAAGAACAACUUCAACAUCAUGAUGAAGGAGGCCCGAGUGCUGACGGUCACUAGAGGAUGCCCAUUUUUAUGCCAUUCAUAUGCAGCUUUUCAAUCAGAGGUAAAUGAUACUCUUAUUAAUUGCAUAUAAUCUCUAGCAUUUAAAUGAACUUUUAGCAUAAUUAGACCAGUGUUAGACAAACUAUGCGGUGGGGUCUUAUUUGCUCCUCAUACAUGGCUGUUUCUAUUUC